ACAAAAACAAAACAAACCGCACAAUUUAAAACAAAAUGUAAUGUACUAAUCGUUACUGUGCGUUUGUAUACGCAUAUUUUGUCCACAGUUCUCACAAUCAUGGUGUUAUUUACAUGCUAUAUUAUCGUGCGAACGACAACAAUACAAUUCCCACAAUCCACCGCAGUUCCAGCCCACAGACUUGAGCCGAGCCGAACCUGGGGGAAAAAUCCUCACGCGCUGGAUUAACUGGCUACAUGAUGACAGAUGUCCUCGUUUAAAGCUGUCAUUUGAAGCAUCGUGAUCUGAUCUGGCUUUUUUUUUUACUUUUACCAGAGGAACACACUCGGGUCAGAAUGCGGCUGUGCUCCUGUGCUGUGCACUGGUUGGUGCGAUGGAUGCGCAACUGUUCCAGACGCAGUCACAGCCGCUUGCCACGGAGAGUGCGGGAGCCCCUGAGCUACAUCAGACUUAUCUUUAAUUCCCUCGGCCACAACUCUCUCCUCAACUGUGAUCUUGUGACGGACUCCCUUUUUGAGCCGGUCUUCUGGAUGGUGGAAGUUAUUACCCGCUGGUUCGGGAUUGUCUUUGUUAUUCUAGUGGUACUACUCACCAGCUCCGUCCUCUCAGUUGCGUAUUUGUGCCUCCUGCCUUUGGCUCUUAAGACAUAUUCUGUCGGCUGGUUAGCAUGGCACUUAAGCUACGGACACUGGCUCUUGGUAAUGAUUGUAUUCCAUUACUACAAGGCCACCACGACAUCUCCUGGAUCUCCUCCUAAGACCGAUGUUGCAUUUGUGUCCGUCUGCAAAAAAUGUGUAAUGCCCAAACCAGCAAGAACUCAUCAUUGCGGCAUUUGCAAAACAUGUAUAUUGAAAAUGGACCAUCACUGUCCUUGGCUUAACAACUGUGUCGGUCAUUUCAACCACCGUUACUUCUUCUCCUUCUGUCUUUUCAUGACUCUUGGCUGUAUAUAUUGCAGCAUCAGUGGCCGAAACCUCUUCAUGGAUGCAUAUUAUGCUUUAGAUCAAAUGAAGCACAUGGACAUGGAAAAACAGGGGGUUCCAGUGACUGGUGUAGGUCUGUUGGUAGGAAUCCUUCCUCAAGAAACUCUGACUUUGAAGAGUCAAACUUCAGCACCUUUCACCUUUAAAGACCGGGUGUUUCACAAGAGUGUUAUCUACAUGUGGGUGCUGACUAGCACGGUAGCAAUUGCUUUAGGAGCUCUGACUUUGUGGCAUGCAGUCCUCAUCUCCCAUGGAGAGACCAGUAUUGAGAGGCACAUCAACAGUAAAGAGGCCAGACGCUUAGCCAAGCGGGGAAAAGUUCAUAGGAAUCCAUAUAACUAUGGGAAAAUUAACAACUGGAAGGUGUUUUUUGGAAUAGAGAAGAGAAGUCACUGGCUAACUCGUGUUUUAUUGCCUUCUGGACACAGUCCUUACGGUGACGGACUGACGUGGGACAUCUACCCGAUUAAAAAGGACAUGAUCCCAGUUUAAAUUGGAGUCUCAGCGGAUGUUAUUUCGUUUGACAAGUCAAUGCCUGCCAGUGGAUCCAUGAUCCUGCAUAUCAUGCAGCCUGCCAAACCCAGAUUUACAGCUAUGACAUGAAAUCACAUGCAGUGAUGAAGGGAACUUACCUUGUCCAUGGAAUAAUAGAAUUUUUUUAACAUCAUGAUGAUCUUUCAUCUAGCACACUUCCAAAGGCGGGAUUUAAUAUUACUUUGAAAAAACUGUGACAUACAGUGGAGCUGUGCUCCCUCAAAUAUCAUAAUUAUUUAUGACUGACUAAAUGAUGACCAGUUGUCCAUGUUUUAUACUCACUGUAUUUAUUUUUCCUUUAUAUGCAUUUUCACCGACUCAUAGACUGCAGUUUGGGUUCGAGGGGAAAGGUUGUAUUUAUAGUUUAUAGUUGUUCUUAUAACCAAAAACAAUUUGUGUCUGUUUUCUUUUUUUUUUUAAGAACCAUAAAGACAAGGUGGUGGGUUUUUCUUGCCUUUUACUGUUACAUGUUGUUUUCUGGCAAAUAUUUUACCAAUAUUAAAAAAUUCAAUACAUCUUCCGUAA